UCGUGCCGUGCGAGUUUGCGGUUGUCACGGUUAGAAAUCCCUGUACUGACCUGUCUUCCCCGUAUAUAUCUGGGGAAAACCUUUAGCUUCAUGUCUCCAUAAUUUCUCUCACACAGGAGAAAGUAAUGGACCUCCACAAAAUUAUCCACAGUGCACUGCACGAAUUUAUUCAGACUUACAUUACUGAUGCAGAUCUCAGCACACUGGAUGAUGUCCUGUUGUCUUACAUCACUGGGGUCCUGGAGGAUCUUGGUUCCCAGCAGAGUGUUGAGGAGAACUUUGAUGUGGAGGACUUUGCAGAGAUGCUAGAAGCUUACAUACCUGGCUUUGCAGAAAUUGACAGUGUCAAAGUCUGUGAAAUGAUGUUCAGUCUGGCUUCAAAACUAGCUACUGCUCGGACCUCAGCUCGUGAAGAAAAUGGUAUCCCUAAGGCAAGGGCAGAAGAGAUCUCAUUGAAGCUCACCAGCCUGCCCAGUGAGCCACCGAGAAGAGAAACGCAGUGCCUUAAAUCACAGACAGAGGGAGCCACUGCCAAGCCACCAGUGUCUGAGUGGGAGGCCCAGGAGCAGCACUUACUAGAGAUGUUUCCCAAGUGUAGUCUGACUGAGGCUCGCAGCGCCCUGUCUAUUGCCAAAGGAGACAUGGAGGAAGCUGUUCGUCUUAUCAUAGAAGGGGAUGUUCAACUCAGUCCCACACCUCUUAACGUAAACCAUGGGAAGAGUAUUUCCUCACUGGCAGACCAGAAACUUAAAGAGAGCAUCCUUGAGAAGUACAUGCUGGUGGACAGGGAGGAAGAUAAGAAAACACACCGUCCCGUCGUUCCCAAAGAUGCUCCAAAGAAGCUAGUUCGGUACCACGGUAACCAGGUGGUAACCACAAAAGGAGAACGGUAUCAGCUCGUGAAGAAGGACGAGACAGAGGACAUGAAGAAGACAUACGUCAACCUCAAGCCAGCGCGAAAGUACAGAUUCCAUUGAUGACGAGCACAGUUCUGAAAGAGCAGCUAAUGACAGUAUUGUUUACACUAUUUUUAAUUUAUUAAUUUCAUUUAGCCUACAUUUUGUUUGUUUUUUUUCCCAAUUAAAAGCUGACAUCUGCAGUGUUGUCAGAAGCUUCUUUUGAAAAAGGAAAAAAAAAACGUUACCUUUACAUGCCUUGGUUAAAACGUUGGAUUACAGUGUUUCAGUUUUAUAUUGGAGGAUCUUUUUUUUGUCAGAUAUUUCAGUCAGGAUGUUGUGACUUGCGUUCUUGUGUGUGUGUGUGUGUGUGUGUGUGUGUAACAGCCUAACCUAUCUACUUUUGGCCAUCUCAGCAGGUCUGAUGUUGCACUGACAGUAUUGAGGUUGUUUGUUUAAAUUGUUUUUAUUAUUCUUUUUUAUGCAUUUUUCUUUUUAAGCCGUACUGACAUUGUGAAUGAACCUAUAUUGAUUUCUGUAACUAAGUUUUAGUGGUGCUGUAAAGUUUCUUCUGGACAUUAGAAUUAUCAGCUGUUUUAUGUACAUAUUGAUUCAAAGAGGCCAAUUUCAUUUAGUUUAAAGUUAGGUCCAGAGUUUGUUGGACAAGGACACUGUUGUUGGAGUUUUGCCUCUGUACUCCACCGCGGUGGAUUUUGAAUAAGAUAAUCGUGAUGAUUUUAAACAUUACUCUUAGAUGUUUAUUGGUAAAGUCAAGUCCUUCCUUCUUGUUCUUGUGUAAUCAGUGGUUUACAACUUGUUUUAAACUUGCUGUAUUUAAAUUGAUGAAGACAUCUCUUAAUUGCAGUUUGUGAAAAUGGAGGAUAUGCUUAUGAAGUUGCUUUUCUUACCCAUGUAAAUAAUUGCCAUUGUGACCUUUUUUUUUUUUUUUUUUUUUUUUCCCCUAUGGUCUUUCAGUUGUGGUGUACACACUCAAAACUACAAAAAUUGUGUCUUUGUCCAACAAAUUAUGCACCUGUGUAUUGUAGCCAGUAGGAGUGCUGCAGAUAUGUUUGUUCAGGCCUUGAAUUUUAAAUCAGUUUGUUCAGUCCAUAAGAGGAAGUCCUGAUUGUUUACUUUAACCACUUUCUGACACACGGCAAAAAAAAAGGAUGUUUUAAUAUGCAAAGUUUUAUGCUAUUUUGGUUGUUUUGCCACAGAACACUAUCGCCCCCUGCAUCUCCCUACAUUGUUGAAUCGCCUCAGGUCUUACUCUCUUUCUCCUGUCUGGCAGCUCCAUCUUCAUCACCUCCUCUGCACAUGUUCAAACCAUCUCAGCUUUGCCUCUUUGUCUCCAGACAGCUAAACCUGAGCUGUCCCUCUGAUGUACUCAUUUCUAAUUCUGUCCAUCUUGGUUACUCCCAGUGAAAAUCUUGGCGUCUUUAACUCUGCAACCUAGCUGUUUAAGUACUGAAUUUAAAACCAGGGGGGAAGAAAAUGCAUUACAAUAACUUGAUCUGAAGUCUGACAGAAGUGAGAUUUGACAACCUACGGAUUCACAGCUCAUCCCUAAUAAAGGAGGACGUACACGUCACAGGUCUUACCCAGCUGAAAACACGUCCGUAUACUAUAUAAAUUCAUUUUUCAAGACAUGUUCAAACAAUUGCAGCACUCUACUUUCUAACAUUACAAAGUUGUGUGUGUGCUUUAUCUUUCACACCCCUAAUGCAGAGUAAAAAAUGCUGCUGGAUGACUUCAUUUUAAAGUUCAUUCCAACAGGAUUACCUUUAUUUUUGAUAGAGAUGUUUAGAUUUUCAAAUUCUCCAAUCAUGUAUUUGUGAUAAUAGAAGAUCAUGUGCUUUCAGGGUCCGUUUACAUAUUACCGAAGUGGUUCUCUUGUCACAGCGCCUCUCAUCUCGUUUGUGUUCUGUGAGGUUUGCUUCGCAUGUGAUUGUGGAUGUUUUUUUUUUUUUCUCUGAUUGGAUUCUGAUUUCUUGUUAGUUGUAGAUUAGGAUAAAUGGAGAUUUCUUUUAGAUAUACGCUUUGUGUUUCUUUCUGUGUCCAUUUGGACCAGCUAUAAGCAUUUGUUCUAAAUGGAUGGUAUAUAGUUUUCCCCUCGGUGUAGUGUAACAGCUGGGUGUUGGAAAGAUGUGUUGUUACUGGUGCUUAUCGGCAGCAAUGUUAUCUUUAAAUACUGUACGAUGGUGUUACUGUAGAGCAUGGAAUGGAUCCCCUGAAGCUGUUUUAGUGACAACCAAAACAGCUUUCCUCGCUCUGAGAAACUGCUGACGCACAAUUUAUAGUAAAUACUAAUUUUGUAGA